AUGCUUCCUACACAAUCACUUCCUGAUCCUCACAAGCCAGCAACUAACAACAACACAGAUCUAACGGAAAUCAUGACCGAUGUUCAAUGGUCAGAAGCUCACCGUAAUCCGCCGAUUGUGGAACCUUUUUUAGCGAUUGCAAACGCUACGAUGGACGGUAGGAAAUUGUGCCACGGAAGGACAGUUGAACUAGGUAGCGGGCAGUUUGCAGGUGACUUCUUGCGUAUCACCCAGAUCAUACGGGACACGUCAACAACCGAAAUCUUCCUUCGAGGCCUGCGUUUUCGCAGAACCAGAUGUCUCGAACACAUGCUGAUCAAGAGGCUCAACGAGGUCUGUCUUCAGGUAGAAAUUGAUGCCGACGAUCAUCGGCCGGUCGAGGAGCAAUCUGCUAUUCAGGUUCCCCUCAGCGAGGUCAGUAAAACUCGCAGACUGAUCAUAACAAACCGAAAUUUCCCAUGGGGCCAGCAACAUGAGAAAGUUAUGUCCACAGAAGGUCUAUCAACCCAGAAACGACAACAGAAGGUUGAAGAGACUGGAGCGUUGAUUUGUCGAUGGAGAUUCUUUGUCAUUUACGCUUCUGCAGCAGAUCGCGCGAGAAACAAGAUCAGUAGCCAUAUUCUUCAAAGGUUUACGAGUUCAGAUGUCAAGAUUCUCGAGGCGCGAAUUGACGAAGAUGAUAACAGGAAUGAGUGGAGAGGAGUUACGAUCCUUGGAGGAGAUUUUAAAUUAUUAACUCGAAAGCGGAAGAGCCCGGAUCGAGAACAAUCAACCCCACGGAAAUCGUUAACUAAUAUAACUCGACUCCGACAGCUCUCUCUGUGUUCAGAUCAAUCACCUACUUCCGAAGCAGUCUCUAAGGGGUUACAAGGUAGAGGUUUCUUGUAUAAAUCGCCUACCAAAUCUGCUGGACCAAGUGAGUCACCAUCUCCUUCUCGAGAUGCCAGAAGAAUCCUGUUUCCAAAAACAAAUAGACGAACAUCUUCUAUCUCUCGGGGCAUCAACCCAUUCUCGUCGGACUUGUCAAGCCCGCCAGCUUCCGGGCUCGUUCAAGCUGCCACUACCAUCACAAUGAGGGUCCCAAAGCUACCUGGACAACGUUAUACAUUUGGAGAUGCCUUCUGUGGCUCGGGUGGGACGACACGUGGAGCUCAAAUGGCUGGGUUGAAAGUGAAAUGGGGGUUUGACUUUGAUGCUACUGCGUGCGAAAGCUGGCGGGUCAAUUUCCCUGAGGCUGAGUGUUUCCAAAUGGAAGCCUUCGCCUUUAUUAACAAAGCGAAGACUUCGGAGAGAAGUAAAAAGAUAGCUCAUGUAGAUAUUCUACAUGCUAGUUGCCCAUGUCAAUUCUUUUCGCCUGCUCACACGAGGGAGGGACCCAACGACGAAAUGAAUACUGCUUCUUUGUUCGCUGUGUCCGAGCUGUUGAUGGUCACCAGGCCAAGAAUUGUCACUUUCGAGCAGACCUUUGGAAUUCUGACUACUCCAGGUCGCCGGCAGUACUUCCUCGCAUUGGUCCAUAUGCUAACAAAACUCAACUUUUCCGUCAGAUGGAAAGUUGUUCAUUUACAGACAUGGGGUGUCCCAGCCCGUCGACAACGUUUAAUAAUGGUUUCCUCGUGCCCCGGCGAGAUUCUCCCAUCUAUUCCUGACGCUACGCAUACCGAGUUUCCGCCCCAUGGAAGUUCUCUUAAGCCUUUUACCACGGCGAAUCAAGCUUUGAAUAGUAUACCUCGAUAUGGGGUUUCAGACCACGAUGUCAGAGGACUUCAAUUUUCUCCCGGUCAAUAUCGAGAGCCAUGGGACGGGAACAAGAUUUUGACGCAGUGCAUAACUACAGGUGGAAGUGGGAAAUAUAACUAUCACCCUGAUGGAUUUCGCAAUCUGACAGUGCGAGAGUAUGCGGUUUUGCAAACAUACCCCUUAGAUCAUGUUUUCUCUGGUCCGCGAACUCAGCAAAUCAGGCAAAUUGGAAACUCGGUGCCAUGUGCUGCAGCUCAUUUACUGUUUUCAAGCAUCAGAAAAGAAUUAGAAGAGGCAGAUGGUGUGGUUGAGCUUCCUAUAAUCAUCGAUUCAAAUGACGAAGAUGAUGCAAUUAUGGAGCCUCCUAUAGUCAUCGAUUCAGAUGACGAAGAUGAUGCACCUAUUCAGCCUCCUAUAGUCAUCGAUCCAGAAGACGAAGGCGAUGUGACGACGACGGACAAAAACGACGACGCUGGCAGAAAACAAAAGAAGAAGCAGCAAACCAACAAGGAGGCAUUUGCGGUAGAUGACAGCGAUAUUAUCGUCCUUGAUGAUUGA